CAUUACGUCAUCAGGCCAACAUACGUGGUAUAGGAAGGAAUUUCUGUCCGGACAAACUACAUCUCGCAGUGGAAGAUUAUCUGAAUUUGUAGCCAGGAAGGCUGGCAAGAAUGAUUAUCUGACUACGAAACAAGAGCAGGACAAAAGGACAAAGGGAAUCAAACAACAAAAAUGCCUCAAGAUAUACAAAAGACAUCAAAGUCACGAAGUGACACAGCAGUUCAGGGCACAAAUGAUAGUAGCAUAGUAAGCAAAUGCUCAAUGGUUACCCGUGGUUACUUCCAUGAUGACUUUGUGUGUCAUUUUGUUGCUAAGCAAUCAAGAAGAUCCUCGUUAAUCAAUAAAGGAUACUAUAUCAGAGCUAAGGCAGUGGACCACAUUUUUAAAUAUUUCUUUGCUUGGUGUAACGGCACUGAAAACCAGGUUAUUUCUCUCGGUGCAGGAUUUGAUUCUGCAUUCUUCCGGUUAAAAUCUGAGGGUUUGCUAGAGACCACCAGGUUUGUGGAGGUUGACUUCCCAGACGUUGUCCGUAGGAAGGUUGCACUGAUACAGCAUCAUCAUCAAUUAAACCAAGUACUUAAAGAUGAGCUUAAGAUACCAGAUACAAUUCAUAAACUUAAAGAUGUCUGUCCUGUAUAUUCUUCACCUGGUUAUCACAUUAUAGGGUGUGACCUGAAACAAGUAGCUAAAUUGACAUCUUGCCUGAUGCAUUGUGGUAUUGAUUAUCAGCUUCCAACAUUAGUUUUAUCAGAAUGUGUUAUUACAUACAUGGGAUCUAAAAGCUCUAAUCCAGUGAUUCAAUGGGUUGCAGAAACCUUUCCAGAUGCCAUGUUUGCAUCAUAUGAGCAAAUCUACCCUUAUGAUGCCUUUGGUAAAGUGAUGUGUGGGCAUUUCAAGAGAAUUGGUUCCCCUUUGAAGAGUAUAGAGAAGUUCCCAACACCUAAACAUCAAGUGAAGAGAUACUGUGAACUGGGGUGGGCUAGCUGUGUAUGCAUUGAUAUGAAUGAAUUAUACUGCAACAUUUUACCUCAAGACGAAACAAGAAGGGCAGCAGAUUUAGAAUUAUUUGAUGAAUAUGAAGAAUUUCAUUGCAAGUGUUCUCAUUACAUGAUUUGCUGUGCAUUCAAUGGAACUUGCCAGGAACUCAAACCACAAAUUAAACAAGUUAAAGACGAAAAAUGUAAAGAGGAAAAAGAAGAAAAUACAGACAAAGACGUACACUCUAUACCAUGUUCAGCUUACCAAUGCAAUCCAGGGGGAAAUAUACAGCGGUAUGGGCACUGUAGCUCACAAUUGGGAUCAACCAAGAUUGUACUCACUGGAGGAUUUGGAGUUACAUCUGGUGGUCACACAAAAAUCUCACAAGUUGAAAUUAUCGACACUGAUUCAGAAAACAUUAUUGAAGUCAAGAGUCAAGACGCAGAUGCGUUUGUUCCUCGUAUGCAUCACACCAUGACAAGACUGGCAGACAAUCAAUUGCUGGUUUUUGGUGGCCGUAUGUCACCAGCCAAACCAUUGAAUGAUUCUUGCCUUCUAAACUUUGAAAUUGAUGAACAUGGUGUGACCUACACCUGCCAGAGGCUACAGUGCACUGUGGAACCUCAACCACGCUGGCGACAAUCAGCAACCAUAGUUGAUAGGGGUGGACACCAGCAGGUUGUGGUUUACGGGGGAAGGUCAACAAAUGAAGUGUUUGGUGAUCUAUGGCUGAUGGACGUGGAGAGCAAACAGUGGUCUGAAGUGGCUUUGGUCCAACCUGGCCCUACUCCAAGACACUCCCACUCGUGCUGUACCUGGGGCAGUAAUGUCAUACUAACUGGAGGAUUAGAUGAUGAUGCUAAUACCAUUGAUGGCGUGAUUAUCAUGGAUACUGCUGAUUGGUCCUGGCAUACAUUGAAGACGUCGCCAGAUAUUCAACCAAGGUACUCGCAUACCAGUCACGUUGUCAAGGAUUUGUUGUUGCUAGUUGGUGGUUUGAGUUUAUCUCCAGUUACUUUUGGUGUAACUUCAAUCAGUCUCCUAUCUGGCUCCGUCUGUAACUAUUCAUUAAUGGCUGAAAAUCCUGAAAAACCUAUAAUGCUUUUCAAGAUCUCAAGUGAGCUUUACGAGGAAGAACGCAAACUUGUAAUAUUAGGUGGCGGCGGAAAUUGCUUCUCAUUCGGUACUCACUUUAACUCAACGCCAAUCUCUUUAGAUAUUAGCAAAGUGGGUGCUGACCAUGAGUCUUGACUAUUAUUUAAUACGGUAGUUCACAAAGAUAAGCAUGUAGAUAUAUAAUGUCUUGUAGCAUUCCCAUAGGAUGUCUUGGCAGAUGUUGGAGUUCAGGUCUUUAAGGCUCACCAUCCAUUUCACUGUCUAGCAUGGUAUACUUCUAUCCCCAUUUCUCUAUAAGGGAGUGUGUAACUAACAAUCUCUCCUUGGGUUGAAAGUUAAGUUCUAUUCGUCUUCUUGCCAGCAUUGACUCUCGAAAAUAAUUAAAAAGUAAUUAAAUCUACAAACUAUCUGUAUUUGAAUUGAUUUAUUCUGAACCAAAAUACUUUUGCUUCUACAUUUAACCGAGACCAUGCAUUUAGGUAUUUCAUUAAACUGUACAUAUUUCAUUAUACAAUCAUCCUACAUUACAGAUCUCUGCACUCAACCAGAAAAAAACUUUCUUACACUUAUUUUACAUAUACACCAGCUAAAAGGUCUGUUACUUCUUUAGAAAAAUAUUCACAGAUUACUUUCGAACAAAAACUACGUUCAAAGACGAGACAAAGCUCGCUUAGACUCCCAGUGAAGAAUCAUUGCUUCUGUUCCCAAUUAUUCAUAAAAGUGAAAAGUUACUCUUUACAGGUGAAAAACUUCCCACAUUGUGAAGUAAUGUAUUAGGAUUAUUAUAUAGCGUGCUAAUGUUAAGGUCACUUCAGCAUUGGGAGUUACACUGUACAUUGCUUUGGUUAUAUAAUUUGAGAUUUCUUGGGAAAAGCAAGCUGAAUUCAACAAGUUUAUAAUUCUGACAUACUUAUUUUAUACCCGCAAAAUAUUUACAUAUAGAGUCGGUUCUCAUAAUAAAUUCUCUCAGCAGAAAUACCAUUUGAAAAUUAAUGAACCUAUCAGUCCUGAUGCCACCAUACUAUUAUCCUCAUUCUAAACCUCUGACCUCACUUCAGGAAGAGAUCCAGCUAAGUAUCUCGCUACUAAACUAACCAUCACUGAUUUGUGUAGUAUUACCUUACAAAUUUAUGCCUAUAGUAUAUUAAGCUCUGUCCAACUUAUCAAGUUUAAUGUAACAAAUAUGUGUUACUUGCCCAUAUAUGGGCAUGACUUCAUGUCA